GGGCUCUCCGCUUCGCCGCUGCAGAAUAAAGCCGCGCUCGCUCCUGCAGGCGACACGUCACGGAGCUGCUGUGUGCAAGGCUCGCUUUCAGUGUCCUGCGCGACGUUCCCGUCGGGGCAUGGGCCCUCAACCAUUCCCUUUGAACCAGAGGAGUUGCCGUUUCUUGCCCCAAGUUUAACUAACAUUCUGUUCUCUCAGCACGAUGGGCUUGCUCCUGGGGAUCCGAACCGGAGCGCGUAGGGAGGAAAUGUUGUUUUUAAGGGGAAUGAAUAAAAAUAACCCAUUUUGAGGAAGCCAUGGCAAAAUCAAACACAAAACACAGGGUUUGUUCUCGGGGAUCUUCAGUCUCUUCUCUCCUGGCAAGCUGCAGCCUGCGUGGUAGUAAUUCCUCUAACUCUAAUGGCUCAUUUCAGUUUAAGAAUAAGCUCUAUAGUUCUGCUUCUCAGGCUCUACAGGCCUAUAUUGAUGAUUUUGAACUAAGUCAAAUACAUCCAGAUGCAAGCACUGGGGAGAUGAACAUUGGUAAAGGUUUCACUAAUAUGCGACAGUUUUCCAGCAAUAUUUAUAAACCAGACAAUGCUUUUGAAAAUCUUGAUCACAUAAAGCACUCAAACUCCUUAAACUUAGCCUAUAGAAGAGAGGCUUUUAAUGACAUAGACUCUGUUAGCCUAACAACCGAUGAUCUAUUAAAACUUCCAGCAGAUGGAUCAUUGGCUUUCACUUCCGUCCGACCAAGUCACCGAGUGGGCAAGAAAAACAAGAAAUGCAUUGGAAGACUGGGUUCACUGAACACUGAACAGAAUCCAAAUCUCCAAGAAUCCUCCACUACCAUGGGCAAAGAUAACUUAGUCACUCCUGUUAUAUACACAUACAAAAAUGGAAAACAAUGUGGUAGGCUAAAAAACCCAAAACUUGUGAAUAGGACUAAUAAAUGCAUUUCUGAAUCAUCUUUGUCUUUUCCCAAGAAAUCGUCUUUGAAGGACAGUUCAGAACACAGUGCUGAAAAGAAUUAUCCAAGAUGGCUCACAAGCCAGAAAUCUGAUCUUAAUGUUUCAGGGAUAACUAGUAUACCUGAUUCCAGAUACCCAGUCUGGCUCCACAAUCAAGACUUGCUACCUGAUGCAAAUAGUCAAAGAGUUUAUAGAACAUUUGAAGAAGAUCAAUGUUCCCCUAGACAUAGUUAUCAGGCACAAAGAACUUCUCGGCUUAUGAAUAAGUUAGAUUGUUCUGAAUAUUCUUUUGAACCCUCAAACUUUUCAGAUUCCUUCAAUGUUGAUAAAGGAUUAGUUAAUAAAUACAAAUGUGAUUCUGAAAACCGCCAAUGUCAAUGUGAAAAUCCACUUCUCCCAGGACAAACCAAAAAGCCAUUCAGUGGUGACAAAAUUGAAUUGCUUAUCCUGAAGGCCAAGAGAAAUCUAGAGCAGUGCACUGAAGAAUUACCAAGGUCCAUGGAAAAGGAUGACAGUCCUUGCUCAUUAGAUAAACUUGAAGCAGAAAGAUCAUGGGAUAAUAUUCCUGUUCCUUUGUAACAAAUCUCCUGUUCCUGUUAACUCUGAAGAUAGUCCUCAACAAAGUUCAAGGACCAAGUGCGUUAAUCACGUCCUUGAA